AUGUUCAAGCUCUCUGAGCUGGUGCGCUGGCUGGGGCUGACCGAGUUCGAGAUUCUGGUCAACCUUUGCGGCCUUCUCGUAUUCACCAUUACGCUAGCUGUCAAGCUGUCCGCCGCGGGAUCGACUGGAGGCGUUCUUCCCGAGCUGGUGGGCGACUGGUUCACCGUCUUCAGCCCUUUGUUCUUCAUCGACAUUUGUAACGCGUACUUCUGCGUAAUUGUGGGCAUACGUAUGUACUUGGACUCGGACAACAAGCGCAAGGCGCUGCACCGCUUCAUGUGGAGCACCUACUUCCUAGUGCUAAUUGCCAUCUUCAAGUACCUGCUGUGCCUCAAGCUCUCUGGGAAGACGGGCCUCGAGUACUCGGAAGUCUUCUCGCCGAUUUUCGUGUUGCUGCAACUUGUAGCGGUGCGCGCCUGCCAGCUGCCCAACUCCAUCUAAAGGCUAGCUCAUAUUUGGUCUAAAUAAACAUGUAAAUUUAUUUGUUUUUUGAAUAUCAGAAA